AUGGCUCCCUACAAUGACGGCUACGAAGCCGAAAAGGUCGACUCUCAUAAGCACGUCGAAGUGAGCGCGGACUCUCAACUUGCUCAUGCCGCCGACCACGAGGAUCACGAAACCGGUAUCCUCAAGUCCUUUAUCAAAUACCCAUGGGCGUCAGCGUGGUGUGUUUACGCCUGUUGGACCGUCAUCCUUCUUUCGUUCGACACUCAAGCAGCGAGUGCCGUUGUGGGAAUCCCAGAGUUUCGCAAGGACUUCGGGUACGAGUACAACGGGGACUAUGUUCUUCAUGCAGUAUGGCAAUCUGCCUUCAACGGUGCUCCGGUUGCUUCGGCAGUCAUCUCCUCAAUCGCCUCAGCUGAACUUGCCGACUUUAUCGGACGAAAGAAGGUUCUCGCCCUCGCCCUGAUCAUAUCGUUCAUCGCAGUUGCCAUCGAGUUCAUCGCUACGACAAACGCUGUCUUCUUCUUGGGCAAGCUUCUCAAUGGUGUCAUGGUUGGUGCUGUCGGUACCGUCAUGGUCAGCUACAUUGGCGAGAUUACCCCCUUGGCUCUUCGAGGAAUCUUUACUUGCGGUGUUGGUGUAGCCUACGGUGUUGGUCCGUUGGUUGCGUUCAUCGUCAUCAACUACACCGGACAGGUUGAGUCUCGCUGGGCAUACCGCACUGUGUUUUGCUGCCAGUUCGGCUUCGCGGGCGUCGCGGCUAUCUUGUGGCCUUUCAUGCCUGAGUCUCCCUGGUGGCUCGUCUCCAAAGGCAAGAAGGAGCAGGCCCUCAAGAGUCUCAGCAGACUCGGCCACACUGGCGAUGAGGGCAAAGCAAAGCUUGCCCUCAUCGAACUUACUCUCGACGAAGUCCGCAAGGAGACCCAAGGCGUGACCUACCUUGAAUGCUUCAAGAAGUCCAACUUGCGCCGCACCAUCAUCAGCAUCAUGCCCUUAAUGAUCCAAGCCUUUUCUGGUAUCUCAUUUGUCGCAGGAUACUUCACUUACUACCUUCAACUGGCCGGCUACUCAACCUCCAUGAGCUACCAGCUUCAGAUCGCUCAACCGGUUCUGUCCAUCGUCGGCAACCUGAUGGCUGCUGCUGUUGUUGACAGAGUUGGCCGAAGGAACCUCACAUUUUACGGCUUAGCUAUCCUCACAGCCUUCUUGCUCAUCACUGGAGGCCUCGGAACCGGCACCAGCCAGCCCAUGGUCAAAGGCACUGUAGCCUUCAUCCUCAUCUACAGCUGGUGGUAUAACGUAUCGAUCGGGUCAACCGCCUUCUCCCUCCUCGCCGAAACAUCGACAUCUCGCCUGCGUGUCAAGACUGUUGCCAUCGGCUAUGCCUCGCAGAAUUCCAUCAACGUCAUGUGGCAGUUUGUUAUUCCGUACAUGUUCAACCCAGACAAGGCCAACUUGGGCGCCAAAAUCGCCUUCAUCUUCGGCGGCUUGUGCUUCUUCUCUCUGCUGUAUCUCUGGUACUUCCAACCUGAGACGGGAGGUAGAUCUUACGCAGAACUGGAUGAGAUGUUCUCAAAGGGGGUGCCGGCUCGCAAAUUCAAGACGUACAAGACCACGGUACAGCAGCAGAACGAGUCUGCGGCGUUUGGAAUGACGCGAUGA